CGGGGGUUUGCAUCCGGGGCGGAACGGGAGCUGCGUGGAGACGGCGCCAUGGAGGCCGGGGCCGACAGAAAGCGGCAGCGGGAGGAAUCGCUGGAGACGUCCGACCUGUCCGGGGAGGAGGAUGACGACUACGUGCCCUACGUGCCCGUCAAGCAGCGCAAGCAGCAGAUGCUGCAGAAGCUGCUGCAGAUGCGUCGGAAAGUGGUGUCGGAGGAGGAGCAGCGGGACAGCGGGAGCGAGCUGCGGGGUGAUGAGGAUGACAUCCCCCUGGGGCCCCAGUCCAACAUCAGCCUCCUGGACCAGCACCAGCACCUCAAGGAGAAGGCUGAAGCACGGAAGGAGUCAGCAAAGGAGAAGCAGCUGAAGGAGGAAGAGAAGAUCCUGGAGAGUGUAGCAGAGGGCCGAGCUCUGAUGUCAGUGAAGGAGAUGGCAAAGGGCAUCACCUAUGAUGAUCCCAUUAAGACCAGCUGGAGAGCCCCACGUUACAUCCUGGGCAUGUCAGAAGCCCGACACGAUCGUGUGCGUAAGAAGUACCACAUCCUGGUGGAGGGGGAGGGCAUCCCACCCCCCAUCAAGAGCUUCAAGGAGAUGAAGUUCCCCGCAGCUAUCCUGAGGGGUCUGAAGAAGAAAGGGAUCCAGCAGCCAACACCCAUUCAGAUCCAGGGCAUCCCCACGAUCCUCUCUGGGAGGGACAUGAUUGGCAUCGCCUUCACGGGCUCUGGGAAGACCCUGGUGUUCACCCUCCCGGUGAUCAUGUUCUGCCUGGAGCAGGAGAAGAGGCUGCCCUUUUCCAAGCGAGAGGGACCCUAUGGACUCAUCAUCUGCCCCUCUCGGGAGCUGGCCCGGCAGACCCACGGCAUCAUCGAGUACUACUGCCGGCUGCUGCAGGAGGAUGGGCUGCCCCCCCUGCGCUGUGCCCUCUGCAUCGGGGGCAUGUCUGUCAAGGAGCAGAUGGAGACCAUCAAACAUGGUGUGCACAUGAUGGUGGCAACCCCUGGCCGCCUGAUGGACCUGCUGCAGAAGAAGAUGGUGAGCCUGGACAUCUGCAGGUACCUGGCCUUGGAUGAGGCUGACAGGAUGAUUGACAUGGGCUUUGAGGGGGACAUCCGUACCAUCUUCUCAUACUUCAAGGGCCAGCGUCAGACCCUCCUCUUCAGCGCCACGAUGCCCAAGAAGAUCCAGAACUUUGCCAAGAGUGCCCUGGUGAAACCCAUCACAAUUAAUGUUGGGCGAGCAGGUGCUGCCAGCCUGGAUGUUGUGCAGGAGGUGGAGUAUGUGAAGGAAGAAGCCAAGAUGGUCUAUCUUCUGGAGUGCCUGCAGAAGACCCCACCACCUGUGCUGAUCUUUGCAGAGAAGAAAGCAGAUGUGGAUGCAAUCCAUGAGUACCUCCUGCUCAAGGGUGUGGAAGCUGUGGCUAUCCACGGAGGGAAAGAUCAGGAGGAAAGGACAAAAGCCAUUGAGGCUUUCCGGGAUGGGAAGAAGGAUGUCCUGGUUGCCACUGAUGUUGCUUCCAAGGGUCUGGAUUUCCCAGCCAUCCAGCAUGUUAUCAACUACGACAUGCCAGAGGAGAUUGAGAACUAUGUUCAUCGUAUCGGGCGUACGGGUCGUUCAGGCAACACUGGCAUUGCCACCACCUUCAUCAACAAGGCCUGUGAUGAGUCAGUGCUGAUGGACCUGAAGGCCCUGCUCCUGGAGGCAAAGCAGAAGGUGCCUCCUGUGCUCCAGGUGCUGCACUGCGGGGAUGAAACCAUGCUGGACAUCGGAGAUGAGCGGGGCUGUGCCUUCUGUGGUGGCCUGGGCCAUCGCAUCACCGACUGCCCCAAGCUGGAAGCCAUGCAGACCAAGCAAGUCAGCAACAUCGGCCGCAAGGACUACCUGGCUCACAGCUCCAUGGACUUCUAGCCUUGUGGAGCCUGCUGCCCUUCCCCCUGCACGGGCUGUGGUUCCCUUUCAGCUGCCCUCGCCUUUCCCAAGCCCAGGGCCUGUCUGCACUGCUGUGGCUCCUUUUCCAGGCAUUUGGCCACUGGGGCUCUUGCCAGCUCAGCCUGACAAAGCUCUUGCCCAGAGGAAAUGUGAAGCUGUGCUGCAACAGCCCCUUACAUCAGCAGCACUUGGGCAAGCAGGUAGUGGUGCCUGAGGGGAGGAGGAAGCCCCAGGUGAGGUGUGGCCAGCUGCCAGUUGCCUUGCACUGGUGUGGCCAGGGUCUUGCACCCCUCAAUUCCUUUAGGAUUCCUCUUACCUGUUUCUGUUCCCGUGUUUUCCAAAUGUGCUCCUGUGCAGCUGGGGUGAGGCAGAGCAUGCGGGGCUCCUGUCAGGUGGUCCCAUGGGUGUUUCCUGUGCUCUGCCUGCACGUGUUCUGCCCCAUGGCAAGGGGGAGGGCAGAUGGACAGACACCUCCUUGGCCCAGGCUCUGCCACUCAUCCUACACACCAGAAAGGGGAAGUCCCUGUGAGAAGGAAGUCUGCCCCAUGCAGUUACUUUGACUGCAGCAGUCACAUUUUCUCAGCUGCUGGUAGCCCCAGUUGUGCCCCAUCCUUGUGCUGACUGCUGGGGCAGCACUGGGCCCAUGGAGAGACCGGUGAUGGAUGGCAUCCUCUAUGUGCAGCACUGCAAGUUUGGAAAGGUAAAGGGUGGAUUUGGGGCUGGGUACAGGGUUUGCCCUCAUCUCACUUGAUGCCAGGCCUAGGUCCUCAGCAGCCCGGGAAGGGGACACUGGAGUUGGAUCCCUCAGAGCUGCCCUCGGGGCCCUGGGCUCUGCAGCUACAGGAGUGGAGCUCUGCCUGUGGCCGAGGGGACUCAGCCAUGCAGGUUCCUGCUCAUUCUCUCCCCUAUGUGGGGUCCUUCUUCUCUCUUGGUCACCGUGUGAUUUGCAAGGAGACAAUAAACACGUGUUAA